AGCUCCGGGGCUCCGCAGAGGGGGCGAAGCGGGGUUUCGGUUUGGUGUCCUGGUGCUGAGGCAACGGGACCAGCACCGUGAGGAAAGGUGCGGGGUUGAGUUUUGGUUAAUGGCUUCUGCCGGAGCAGGGGAGCUGAGCUCCCCCAGAGGAAGGCCCGGCCUCUUUGUUAGCUGUAAACAAAUGGAAACCUAAUUUAUUUCUGUAGUGACAACCUAAGGAGAUGGAAGUCAGGAAGAGAGUUCUUGGUUUGAUGAGACAAAAUUAAGUCGACCGCAGGCAUUUCUGUGGUAAUGCUGAAAGUCUGCGUUGAAGGCAAAUAAGUAUAGAUUGCUUAUGUCCUUAAACUAUGUGUUUCUGUAUUUUACAGGUCUGGGCUUAAGAGUACUGCACUUGAAAGGGUAAAGACACUUUCAGGAAAUAACAUCCCUGUAAUAUUUAAUACCAGCUAAUUAAGGGAAGUUAUUUUAGAAAGAAAGAAUACAUGUAAGAAACAAGAUGCCUCAUGCUGGGAGACGAUACCAAGAUAAGCAGUACAGGCACCAUGAGAACCAUGGAUCUGAUAGAUAUGAGGAAGACAGAAGAGUGAGAAAACCAUACCCAUACGAUACAAGAUCAACAGAAGACAUCCGAGAUGUCCAGCACUCAAGAACUUCUACUGUUUGCUCAGAGCCUUACUCUAAAACCUCAGGAGCAGCAUUGGAAUACUUUGGCCCACCACCAGACUAUUAUCCUCCCAAGGAAACCUUCUCAAUGAAGUGUUCAAAGGUAUGCACAACAAGAGGCAUUUUGAAGUUUGUGGAAAUCAUGGUCAACCUCCUGGUGCUGAUUUGUGUGGGCGCUGCCCAAGCCUCUGUUGCAGGCUUCACGUCCCUUGGUGGCUUUGGCACCGGCUCCUUUAGCCUGAAUUCAGCCUAUAGCCCCUUUGAGGGCACAGAGCUCCAGGAGGUGAGGGAGCUAGACAUGCAGUUCACCCAGAUGCGAGCCCCGUGCGUGUAUGGCGGAGUAGCCUUCAGCUUAACAGCAGCAGCACUUACCCUUGUCUUCCUUGUCGUGGGAGCAAAACCCAUCCAGCAGCUGAGGACAGGGCUGCUGGCAGGUGAAUGUGCCUUCAACCUGCUGGCUGGUGUGGCAUACGUCGCAGCAGUUGGCCUAUACCUGCAUUUUGUCAGCCAGGUGAAUGCCACGGAGGUUUGCAAGAGGCGCGAGAGGCUGUAUGCACGCCGUGGUUACACCUCCAUGAACUGUGUGGUCCAGGGCGGUGAUGCAGCUGUUGGCCUUUUUGGUGUCGUUGCUGCCUGUUUGUACUUCGCCAGCUUUGCGAUCUGCAUCCUUGCUAUCCGAACCGUCCGUGCCUUCCAGAGCCACAUGGCCAAGAUUCAGCACAGCCCCAAAAGUGGCAUUAGAGACAGAAGUGUCAGCAACCACCAUGCCAUCCAUAGGACCCCAGAAAGGUCCCACAAUGUCCAGGCUCUAGCCACAUUAGUGUGAAGUCAGCUCUGGGGCUGUGCCAGAGAGCUGGAGCUUCAGGAAGGGACAGACACUGAGUGGCACAUGCCAAACUGGUGACCAGACCACAAUGUCUUGUUCUACAAGUUGCUGAACUGUGUAUCAAACCACCAAAUAUAACAAUACUGCUAUCACAUGAUGUAAUAAAAUUGAUGUUCAGCAGAUGUUUUA